UGGAUCAGUACAGAGGUAAAUCAUGGCUAAGCUGAUCCUCCUUACCGGGCUGGCACUUUUGCUGAAUGCUCAGCUGGGCUCUGCCUACCAGCUGACAUGCUACUUCACCAACUGGGCCCAGUACAGACCAGGCCUUGGCCGCUUUAUGCCGGAUAACAUCGACCCAUGCCUCUGUACUCACCUGAUCUAUGCCUUUGCGGGGAUGAAGAACAAUCAGAUCACCACCAUUGAAUGGAACGACCUGACUCUCUACAGUUCCUUUAAUGGCUUGAAAAACCAGAAUGGACAACUCAAGACCCUCCUGGCUAUCGGAGGCUGGAAUUUUGGAACAGCUCCAUUUACUGCAAUGGUUUCCUCUCCCGCGACUCGCCAGACCUUCAUCAGCUCCGUUAUCACAUUCCUGCGCCAGUACGAAUUUGAUGGGCUGGACUUUGACUGGGAAUACCCUGGCUCCAGAGGCAGCCCUGCUCAGGACAAGGGCCUCUUCACUGUUCUUGUUCAGGAAAUGCUGCAAGCCUUUGAGCAGGAGGCCACGCAGGUUAACAAGCCCAGGCUCAUGGUCACCGCCGCUGUGGCUGCAGGCAUCUCUAACAUUGAGUCAGGCUACCAGAUUCCUCAGCUCAGCCAGUAUCUGGACUACAUCCAUGUGAUGACCUAUGACCUCCAUGGCUCUUGGGAAGGAUACACUGGAGAGAACAGCCCCCUGUACCAAAGCCCCACUGACACCGGCAGCAAUGCCGAUCUAAAUGUUGCCUAUGCCAUGAAUUACUGGUUGAACAACGGGGCUCCGGCUGAGAAGCUCAUUGUUGGAUUCCCAACCUACGGACACACCUUCAUCCUGAGCAACCCAUCCAACACUGCCAUCGGCGCGCCCACCUCCGGCCCCGGCCCCGCUGGGCCGUACACAAGACAGUCUGGGUUCUGGGCUUACUAUGAGAUCUGCACCUUCCUGAAGAAUGGAGCCACUCAAGUGUGGGAUGCGCCACAGGAUGUCCCCUAUGCCUACCAAGGCAGUGAGUGGGUGGGAUAUGACAAUAUCAAGAGCUUCAGUAUCAAGACUCAGUGGCUAAUGAAGAACAACUUUGGUGGGGCUAUGGUAUGGGCUAUUGACCUGGAUGACUUCACCGGCACGUUCUGCAACCAGGGCAAAUUCCCCUUGAUCAACACCCUGAAGACCACUCUUGGACUGCAGAGCACCAGCUGCACUGCUCCUGCUCAGCCCGUUGCUCCAAUCACAGAGGCACCCAGUUCCGGUGGAAGUGGUAGCGGAAGUUCCGGGAGUGGAAGCAGCUCCGGAAGUGGGAGCAGCUCUGGAAGUGGGAGCAGCUCCGGUGGCAGUGGGUUCUGUGCGGGUAAAGCCAAUGGCCUCUACCCUGUUGCCACCAACAGCAAUGCUUUCUGGCACUGUCUGAAUGGCAACACUUACGAGCAGUAUUGUCAAACCGGCCUGGUCUUUGAUUCAAGCUGCAGCUGCUGUAACUGGGCAUAAAUCAGGAGCUUAAAGCAGAUAAACUCGAUCCGAAUUCCCCACCGCUUAAUGCACAUCACCAAACCCGCACAAAUCCUGAAAUAAAUGUCCGCAGCAUAAA